AUGGCUGCUUGUUUUCGUUCGAUAGCUUCUCUUACUCAUUCUCCACGAGAUGUUUCACGCUCUGGCAUUGUCUUAUCUUCAUGCUCUGUUCUUCCCAUCACACACUCCUCCUCCUUCACUGGCUCGCCCGUUAUCCUCCCGCGGGUCCAGCCCUCCUCCCGAACAACUCUAAGACCGCGGAAGCUCGUCCCAAUCACUAUGAUGGUAAAGCCGACGCUCCAAUUCAUCCAAGGGACGGAUGAGAUGACGAUUCCUGAUGUCAAGCUGACUCGGUCAAGGGACGGAUCUAACGGAAUGGCACUCUUCUCUUUCGACCAGCCAUCGGUCUUUGACUCUAGUGGUGAGGUCGGGGAGAUAACGGGGUUGUACAUGAUCGACGAGGAAGGUGUGAUUCAGUCGACGGAUGUGAACGCAAGAUUCGUGAAUGGGAAACCGGAAGGGAUUGUGGCCAAGCACGUGAUGCGGACGCCGAAAGAAUGGGACAGGUUCAUGAGGUUUAUGGAACGGUACUCAAACCAGAACGGCUUGCAGUUUGUUAAGAAGCAAUGA